CUUGUGUGGGAUUUGCCGUGACGCGUCGAGCUGAUGUUUGUGUUGCUCUCUCUGUUGGAUAAAGAGAAACCGUGGGGUCCACGCUAAAAGGAUAGCUGUCCGCAGAGGAUACUCCUUAAAGGGUGAAGAAGCACAAUGGAUGAAGAGGAGCAGUUUGUAAACAUCGAUCUGAAUGAUGACAAUAUCUGCAGUGUCUGCAAGCUAGAGACGGAAACAGGGACCAUGUCUUUCUGCCAUGUCUGCUUCGAGCUCAGCAUUGAAGGUGUCUCCUCUGCUACCUUGUUGCACACAAAGUCCCUGCGCGGCCACAGAGACUGCUUUGAGAAAUGCCACCUCAUCGCCAACCAGAAGCUGUCACGUUCCAAGGUCUCCCGAAGUGCCUACGAGGGCAUGAAGCUGGCCUUCAGCCAGAAACUGAACCGCAUCAUCCAGUAUGCCCAGAACAAAGACUCCGUCUCCUCCAACGGCCCCAGCAGGCGGGGGGCCAAGAUUCUUUGUUACAGCCAGCAGGGCGACCGCAAACUGCUGCCCCAGUCGGAUGCCCAGGUGCCCCGCUACACACCCUGCUGGGACAUGGGCAAAGCAACAGGGCUGCCCGAUUACACCAUGGGGAUGUUGGAGUGCCACACGGUGGAGAAGCUUGGGCUGUUGCAGGAGACACAAUCUGAUGUUUGGUCCACUGACGGCAGGAAUGGUCUACACAGCCGGAACCAGUUGUCAGGAGGAGGACAGUCACAGCACAGACACGACGGCCACAACAGAGAUGAAUUGACUAAAAUGAGUGUGGACGAACUCCAUCAGAUGAACAACCAGCUACUGAUGCAGAUUCAAAAGGUCUUCGAGGAGCUGACCGAUGCCGUGCAGGAAAAAGACUCGUUGGCGUCAGAGCUGCAUGUGCGUCACAUCGCCAUCGAGCAGCUCUUUAAGAACUGUGCCAAGCUGCCCUGGCUGAACAUUAGCAGAGCCGGGGUCAAGGCCAGCAGCAGCACCACCGGCCCUGUGGAGUGAGGUGCGAGGUGGAGGCUUCUCUGUCUCAGCUGCUGGGAGGAAGCUGACACUGAACACUUGAAAAGUGCCGGCUGCAGCAGCGAGGCUGAAACAGCGAGGCUGAAACAGGCCUUUAUGUAUAUUGAUUGACUUUUACGACACUAUGGUGACGUUGAGUUGUUAGAGCUGCUUUAGAGCAGCAUUAAGGGCUGUGUUGACAUGGCUUCCGUUCCCGUGGUUGCGGUGAUGAUGCAAGGAUUAAUGGUGGUUUGCAGUUUAAAACAAAUUGCUGGUCUGGCAUGUGACCUGAAUUCAACCCAUCUCAUGUAGCCAGGAUGCAUGUUAAUACCAGGUGGAACGGGGAUCAAGAGUUUCCUGUCCCUGAUACACGCUGAGGACAUGAUGAUCCUUAAAGAACAUCUUUUAAGAUUUACCUUAAUCCAGACUGAAAGCAGUGUGUCUACAUAAUUUUAAAGAAGUGGUUGGUUUAAUUUCUUUUUGUUUAGUUUGCUGUAAAACAUUUCAGUUUUCAUUGUUUGGAUAUUCAAUUAUUGGUUUUAACAUUGCCUAAUACUCGUGGUGAGUUACAGUAUUUUAUAACAUAACUUGGUGCAGAAUACUUAAUGCAGAUUAGCUGGAUGAUGUCUGUCAUAUUCAUACCACCAGACACUGCCAGCAGUAGUGUUUGAUUACUGUUCUAAUGUCAAGCAUGAACGAGGUUUUAGCUUUUCCUUUCAGCUGCACACUGGCAACAUAAUGGCUUGAAACACAAGUUUGCUUUCACGCUGCCCUAAUUUGACUUGAUAGUUUAUGAAUACUGUUGUGAGCAGAUAGAUUUAACAGUAAAAAAUAACAUAUUGAAGUAAGCUCAAGUCUAAUCUGGAAAAGGGCAUGGGCAAAGUGCAAGACAACGCCCAAAAGUACCCUAAAGCAUCUCUGCAGCAAAGACAAAUCACAAGUGUGAACAUUAACAUGGCUAUACUAGCUGUGCAGGUUUCUGUUUGUGAGGGUGAUGACUAUUUUGGGAGUGUCCAUGAACGAAUACUUUGUAACAGCUGGUUGGCAGGAAGCAGAAAUAUCAGUUAAUAUACCCGCAGCUUAAAGUGAUAGGUAUUUUAUUUUUAAUUUUUAGGUUUAUAAUAACGAUCAUUGCUGGUGAGAUUUACUCAAUAUUUAGCGCAGAGCUGUCUGUUGUAUAGCUGUCGAGCACAAGUCGUAUGCAUGGCUAUACACUGAACGAGGGCUAUCGGAAGAAGAAAUGUUUUACUAUUGAAAAAGAAAUCCAGCUGCCAAACCAAAGUCUGUAUUUGUUCUGUUUCACAUGUGAACUGCAAGCAUUUGAUUCCAUUAGCAGAGGAAGAUGCAAUACCAAACUGAUUGAAAAAUAUAUGUGGCUUAGUGAUUCUCUUUUAGUUUUGGUUCAGUGUGUUUAAUGAACCAUCGAUUUUUUUAUUCUUUAAAGAAGGGGUUCUCAAACUGUUUGGGCCCAGGGACCCCUUAAAGGGGAGAACAUUUUCCAAGGACCGCCUCAUAAUAAAAAAAACACCGAUUAAGCAUAAUGCUUCCUACCAUUUUUACUCUUAAGGCAUUUUCAUAUUAGGUACGAUUGAUUCGUACCGUGCCCGAGAACUCCCCCGCCGCUCAGCUUUCACAUCAAUAAAGUUAUUCCGUACCCGAGUACACUUGCGUCAUCAUCCGCGUGUAUUUGUUAAUGUUGAGAACAGCUGUUCUAGUUGCAGAGCGUCGUUAAACACUUCAUUCAAACUUGACAGAAACAAAAUAAAACUCACCAAAACCGUCGUCGUUGGUCUCUCCAAAAAUCACCAACUCUGGUUUGGUCAAAAUAAACUCGAUGUGAAAAUAUGACUGCUCUACACGUUGUCCCAUUAAAUUAGCUAAAUCAAAUAACAAAUAUUGCCCAACCCUAUCACCUACUAUGUUUAUAUUUUAAGAACCCUCUGGCCUGCCUUCCUGCUUUAUCAGUCAAGGCCGUGCAAUUCAGAGGAUGAGAUCGUCACAUGCUGUGUGGGGAUACAGAUAUCAGAGCAGACCAGCUGGGUUGAAAAAAGCCUGCCCUUUCAAAACUACCUGCUGACUGCUACCUCGGGUUACAUAGCGGUCCACUUCCGUAUUUUGGUAGGGUUGGUUUCGUUUUGAUUCAUGACAGAUUCACAUGAUGUGUCACAAUGAUAUCAGAGUUUCCGUUGGCCCAAAACGUGGGUGGCAGGAAUGAACACAAUAUGCUUGUUUUAUUGGCGCAAAUGGUCCCAAUCUGUAGAGAUGUACUUGUCAAUGAUACAGCACAAUUUUAUCAUUUAUAGCAGAUUAUUUCGCGGACGCCCCCUGACAGAGUGCCACAGACCCUCUAGGGGUCCCCGGACCCCACCUUGAGAACCACUGCUCUAAAGAGGUUGAUGUGGAAAUGAUUUGUUCUCAAGUACACAUGGCGUAUGUUUUACAAUUUGUUUUAUUUAUCUUUUUCAUUCAUCUUUUAUGUGCAGUGUUAACUUUCAUUGCCCUCUCUCCUGUAUUGAUGUGUGAGAACUAAGUUGAGCAAUACGCGGAGGUCCCUGAUUUUUAACGAGACAAAUAAGGACGUAGGGGAUGGUAUUAACAGUCGGUGUGUUAAGCCUGCAGUUUUGGUUAAUUUCUUAUUCAGGAACCCUAUGCAAGAAAGAGACAAAUAAAUCAGUAGCCUUAUUAAAUAGAAAAUAUCAAAAAAUAAUAUUAGUUAUCUGAGUUUUCCUCAGAAGAGGUCUUAGAGCUGCUCGAGUAUAAUAAGCUGGGAAAGACAAAGUUAUAUUCAGAUUGAUGUUUAGAAGAACUCAGCUUCGCCACCAUCUCUUUUGCUCUCUCUUUGUAAGAGAUUAAAUGUAUUUGACCCCUUUUAGGGUUUUAAAGGUUUUAGCUCCAUUUUAAACUUGUAUCUUGGUUUUCUUUGGAUAAAUGUGUUCAGUUGUGCUUGAGCGUUUGAGCGUAUUCAGAUUACUGGUCCUUAAUGCAAAGUCCUUCAAUCUUCAGUUGUAUGUUUUUUUAUUUGUGUGUUUAAUUCUGAAUGCUGUGUCUUUUUGUAUAGUGUGGAAACAUGCCUGGGCUUAUGCCUCUGCUCAGCAGAACAUUCAAAAUGGAUUUGGUUGUUUUCAUUUUCUUUUUACUGGAGAUGUAAGCACACCUGUUACACCUCCUUCCCUUAGACUUGACUCUUUGUUCAUUUGUUUUCUGAUGUUGAAACGAGGCUGCAUUUGUGUCGUGUGAUGAUUCUAUUUAUUGUGUGUUCAUGGACCUUACACAUGCUGUGUGAUUUGUGCUUAAGUGACGGUUUGUAUUUUUUUGUAAAAUAUUUCAAUAAAAUUAUUUUUACUACA